AUGUUGAAGCCAGCUAUUAUCAUUGUUCCCGGAGCCCUGCACAGGCCAGAACAUUACCAAGGCAUUGUCAGCCGACUCCACAAGCUUCAGUACGAGGCAGUGGCUGUAUCGAUGCCGUCCUUGAGUUCUAGUCCACCACAGCCGACUUGGACCGAGGAUGUUGAAGCAAUCCGCAAGGCGAUAUUUAAAUUUUCUGAAUCAGGCCAGGAUGUCGUCUUGGUUGGUCAUUCCUAUAGUGGAAUCCUGAUUUCAGAGGCCUCCAAAGGUCUCAGCAGGAAAGACCUCCCUCAUGGUGAGGGUGCCGUUGUAAGAUUGAUCUAUAUGUGUGCCAUAGCCGUGCCUGUUGGCGAAAGCCUUACAGGUCAGCUGGAACCAAGAACACCGCAAGAGGUGGAAGCAUUCCGUGAGGAGGGCUCGAUCAGUCUCCUCGACGCAGAUAAGGUCCGAGAUGUCUUGUACAACAAGUGCGAACCCAAGGUUGCCGAUUGGGCCAUCAGUCUCCUGGGCAAACAACCGGUAACCACCAUGAGUACGCCGGCAACUCAUGCCGCAUGGCUGGAGAUUCCAAGUACCUAUCUUAUUUGCGAAGACGAUCUGGCCGUACCGGAGUGUGUGCAGUUAAGGAUGGCUAAGCAGGGGAAUGGUGCGUUCGAUAUUGUCAGAUGCCAAGAGGGCCAUGCGCCAUGCCUCAGUAACCCUGAUCUGGUCGUCAGGAUGAUUAGAAACGCUGCAGGGGAAGCAAUCGAGAUCUAG